GAUGCGAGACGGCGGGCCGCUGGAGCUAGCCGGUCUGGUGCUGCUCCUUAUGGCCGCUGGGGCGAGAGCAAGGCCGCGGCCCGCCGCCCCGGAGAACCGGCCCCGAUCUAACGUGGUGUUGGUGGCCUGCGACUCCUUGGAUGGACGCUUGACGUUUUUGCCAGGAAAUCAGACUGUGGAUUUACCUUCCAUAAAUUUUAUGAAAAGACAUGGCACUGUCUUUCUCAAUGCCUACACCAAUUCUCCAAUUUGUUGUCCUUCCCGUGCAGCUAUGUGGAGUGGUCUUUUCACUCAUAUAACAGAAUCUUGGAAUAACUUCAAAGGUCUAGAUCCAGAUUAUGUAACAUGGAUGGAUCUCAUGGAGAAGCAUGGCUACCAUACACAGAAGUUUGGGAAACUGGACUUUACUUCUGGACAUCAUUCAGUAAGUAACCGUGUGGAAGCUUGGACUAGGGAUGUUAACUUCCUGCUCCGACAAGAAGGAAGACCCAUGGUGAAACUUACAGGCCACAGGAAGCAGUUUAGAGUAAUGGAAACAGAUUGGCGGAAUACUGAUAAAGCAGUAAAUUGGAUAAAGGAAGAAGCUGUUAACUUUACUCAACCAUUUAUUCUUUACUUGGGACUAAAUUUACCACACCCAUAUCCAUCACCCUAUGCGGGAGAAAAUUUUGGAUCCUCUACAUUUUUAACAUCUCCCUAUUGGCUUGAAAAGGUAAAUUAUGAAGCUAUUAAAAUACCCAAGUGGUCUUCUCUUUCAGAGAUGCAUCCAGUAGACUAUUACUCGUCGUACACCAAGAAUUGCACAGGAGAGUUUACAAAGGAAGAAGUGAGAAAUAUUAGAGCAUUUUAUUAUGCUAUGUGUGCAGAGACAGAUGCCAUGCUGGGUGAGAUUAUUUCAGUUCUGCGAGAUACUGAGCUUCUUGGGAAAACAAUUGUUAUAUUCACUGCAGAUCAUGGAGAACUUGCUAUGGAACACCGUCAGUUCUAUAAGAUGAGCAUGUAUGAGGGAAGUUCCCACGUUCCUCUUUUAGUUAUGGGGCCAGGUUUAAGAGAACAGCACCAAAUACCAAAUGUAGUAUCUCUUGUGGAUAUCUAUCCUACUAUGCUUGAUAUAGCAAGAAUUCCUAUCCCACAGAACCUCAGUGGAUAUUCUCUUAUGCCACUGCUACGUGAAAAGGCUGAGAGCAAAGCGUUACCCAGAGGACCUCGGCCCUCCUGGGUGCUGAGUGAGUUCCAUGGAUGCAAUGUGAAUUCCUCUGUGUAUAUGCUGAGAACUGGCAAGUGGAAAUACAUCACAUAUUCGGAUGGCUCUUCAAUACUGCCCCAACUCUUUGACCUUACUGCUGAUCCAGAUGAGCUUACAAAUCUUGCCAUAAAAUUCCCAGUAACUGUGCGUUCUUUGGACAAAAUACUUCGCUCUAUAGUAAACUAUCCAAAGGUUUCUUCUGCUGUUCAUGAGUAUAACAAACAACAGUUUAUCAGUUGGAAACAAAGUUUGGGUCAAAAUUACUCAAGUGUUAUUGCAAACCUUAGGUGGCAUCAAGACUGGUUAAAGGACCAAAAAAAAUAUGAGAAUGCAAUUGACAAGUGGCUUGGUAAGUAGAUACAGACAACCUGGAUUUCAUAUGAAUGAGGAUGUAAAAAAAUUAUACAUUUGUAAUAUUAUGCUGUAAUAUUAUUUGUAAUAUUAUGCUGUAUUUCAAAUGGUUAUUUCACUUAACCAUUGAAAUACAUUGAAAUAAUAUUAUGCUGUAUUUCAAAUGGUUUUAUAUAUUUCACAAUUAUUUUCUUAUAUAUUUUCUUAUAAAUUGAAAGUAAAGAUAACUGAACUGUUACUGCUUUGUGUCAGAAAGCCAAGAGCAUUUUGUAUAACUAGCCAGCACAACAAAACUAGAGUUUUAGAUGUUAUUAUUCUGAAGGUAAGUGUAUAUAGAAAAGGUAGUGUGCAAAUACUAAUUGUGUGUAUGUAAUAUUUAGCUGAUUGCAAAAGUACAGUGUUUUAAGCAUUGAAACUCAAUAGGAACCUCCAUUUAUAAGGAAAAGCAAGGAUUAUAAAACUUAGUGAAAUAAAGUGCCAUUUAUAAUGGAAUUUUCUGUGUGUAUUAUAAAUCUAGUUUGAAAAGACAUUCAUCAAAAAGUUGGUAACCAGUACAGGUCUGAACAUAGGCGUGGUUCAUGCAAGUACUUAAUUAUAUCAGCAUUCCUGUGUUAGAAGUGAUUGACUCCCCAUGUUUUCAAGGUCUGUCUGCUAAUCUCUUGCUCCUCUCUGCUCAUCAUCAUAAAUUAAAAAGAAAACCCCUUUUUGCCAAACCUAUGAGUAGAGCAGUUCUCUGAAAAAUGAUAGUGUGAUUUGUGUAACACAAAAUAAACACUGCUUGAAUGCAGUUAGAUUAUGCAAGUAAAUGCUUUGAUGCACAUCAGUGAAUGGAAAAUUUAAACCUAAAAUGUACACAGAGGAGACUCAAUUGAAGCUUGCAGGAGGAGUUAACAGAAAAAUACUGUUUCCCAUUUUUCCAGUGACCUGACAAAAAGAAAGUAGUUUUAGAAGAAGGUAAGAGUUAGGUAACAACUCUUCCACUUAUGGGAAUAUGUAGUUACAGCAGUGCUGAUGUUUGCUAAUUCUUGGUCACCAUCAUUGCUGCUAUAGUACCAGUUCAGAAUGACAUUAUGCUUCAUACAUAAAAUGUUUUCUGGAAUCUGUUAUUAAAUGCUCAGUAGUAGCAGUAAGCCAGUAAAAAUAAACAUAAAAAUGAGACAUAUUUUCUGAUGGCUCCAAACUCAUUUCAUGAGCAAAUUCCUACACAGAGUUAAAAAUUCUUGAAACCCUGUAGCACAUGCCAUUAUAAUUCUUAUUAAAAUGAGUUCAGGUAUGGUUGAAAUUACUUAAACAAAAUAAAUGGGCUGCAUAAUUAGAGGAAUUAUUUAUAUCCAUAUGAAAAUUUGUUCAAGAGAAGAAAGAAUAAAGAAAUUCUCACUUUCUAGAGGUCUGGACAGAAUGCAGUACAUUGUCCAAAAUGGAGUAAAAUAAAAUUAUGGUGAACUGGA